ACAAGGGUGUGUCAGCGUCCAGAGCGUUAACAUCAAUGAAAACAUACCAUCUAGCUAAACUAGCAGGCGGUGUGCUUCACCUCUACCAGUCAGCUCUUUCAGCACCCUCAUCUCACCGUGCAUGAGCUGGCAUGUCUGCAGCCGACUGGUACGCUCACAAGUCGCUCGGAGACGGACUCUUCUGGAUCCAGGAGCGUUUCUAUCAGUCGCAGAACCGGGCUAAUAUAUGGCUGCUCCGCGGCUCCCACCAGGACGUUGUGAUCGAUACAGGACUAGGCUUGAGGAGCCUACCGGACUAUAUCGACGCUACGGGUUUGCUAGGCAAAGACCCGCAGAGGAAGAACCCGCUGUUGGCCAUCGCCACCCACGCCCACUUCGACCAUUCUGGAGGCCUGCAUCAGUUCCAACAGGUGGGCGUCCACAGCGCUGAGGUGGAGGCUCUGGCUAACGGGGACAACUACGAGACCGUCACCUGGCUGAGUGACAGGGAGAUAGCCGAAGCUCCCAGUCCUGGAUGGAGGGCCAGGCACUACAAAGUGAAGGCUGUGCAGCCCACACAUAUCCUGCAGGAAGGUGACGUCAUCAACCUGGGCGACAGACAGCUGACGGUGCUUCACAUGCCGGGUCACUCCAGGGGCAGCAUCUGUCUCCAUGACCGCGACAACAAGCUGCUGUUCAGCGGAGACGUAGUGUACGACGGCGCCAUGAUCGACUGGCUGCCGUACAGCCACGUCAGCGACUACAUCAGCAGCUGCGAGCGUCUGGUGGGGCUGGUGGACAGCGAGCAGGUGGACCAAGUCCUGCCAGGACACUACCAUACCUUCGGUGCCAAACGCCUCCACCGCAUCGCCACCCAGUACAUCAACAGAGCGGGCACCUGCCCGGCCAAGUUCUCCACUUGGGCGUGGAGCACCGUGGCCGGGGUGGCGUUGAGGGCUUCCCACCCAAGGAGUGCAUGCUGAUAGCUUGCUGGAGCUGCCGGAGGACGAAGCACAAAAUGCAACAAUAAAAGAAGCCUGUAUUUAACUGUAAGUGACAUGAAAACAGUCCUAUUAUUGCCAAACUUUCUGUAUAUGUUCCCAUAGGAUUACAUCAUAAGCAGCGUUAUAUAAAGCCUAUAUAUAUAAAUCACUGAUCAAUGUGAUUGUAUUACUAUAACUUGAUGUAUGUUUUAUAUAUAUAUAUAUAUAUAUAUAUAUAUAUAUAUAUAUAUAUAUACACACACACACACACAUAUACAUAGCACAAGUGUGAUACAACACAGCACUGAGGUAUUAAAGCAGAGUCGAUAUGUCCAUAGUACUGUAUGUCUCUAUGCAUACUGCAGGUGUACUACUGCAGGACUCUACUACCUCCCAUGUUUGGAACAGUGCUUUGCACUAUUAAGGCUAGUCCAACAUUGACAAUAAAGCCUGCAUCCUGCCUGCCUGCCUGCUUUGAGACACGUUUUAUAUUCUUUUCAUCUUCACAUCAUCAGACACAGACUCCUGUGGGGUUUGUCGCCAGACGACAAAGAGAAGCACAAGAAUGCAUGCAGUUACCGUCCGUCAUGUGCUCACGCGAGAGGCUUUUGCAACUAAAAGUAUGCAUUGAUACGAUACGCUGCAGUGAGUUACAGGGGUUGGGGUCAGCGAUGGGAGUGUGACUCCUUGAUUGACUGUGUGCAAUUAACUGUGAAUUUAUUGACGAAUCGUGGUUUUACAAAUGUAAUGCUAUGCUAUGCUCUGGAGCCAGACCACUGCCAUUCAAUUUUGGCAUUGAAAAAAAAAGGUUGGCAUUGUAGAAAAAGAUGUAUUGAUAUUGAAACAAGUACAGUGUUCCCUUGUUUAUCGCGGGGGAUGGGUUCCCAAAGUAGCCCGCAAUAAGCGAAAUCCGCGAAGUAGCCAACUUUGCACAUUUGUUUAAACACUUUAAAAAGUUCCAACCUUCGUUUGAAUUGUAAUGAUCAAGCUACAGGUCGGACACAAGAAAUGAUUAAGUCACUCGUGUAUUUUUCAUCCUAGCGCCGUUCCGCUGCACUGUAGCGUUUUUGUAUCCUUGUUAAAAUAAAUUGCUGCAGUACUCCUCCUUCGAAAGAUUCAUUUGCAAGCAAGCUAGAUGGCACAGGAGACAUGGCAGGAGAGUGAUUGAUUGACAGUGGUCUACAGCCAAUCAGGGCGCAGAAAACAAUGGGCUGUGCAGAGAGAAAGGGAGAAGAAAGCGACACUCAACUUCCCACAAUGCAGUUCUUCUUAAAAGGCCAGGCUCGGCCUGUGACGACACUAUAAUAAAAAAAAAAAAAGCACUAAAAAAUUUAGCGAAUCCACAAAAGGUGAACCGUGAUAGAGUGAGGGAACACUGUAAUGGCUCUGAAAAAGUUAUUGAAAAUUACAAUACAUUAUAAUGUAAAAAAUAUCUAAAUAAAAUAUUGUCUUUUUA